GCACUCCACCGGCGCCCGUCCCGCACUCGUUGGCCCCAGCGCUCCCCGGGGCCGCGGCUCGGAUUCGUAUCGGGGCUCUCCCGCCGCUUUCCCUGCUCUGAUUUCGGCUGUACUUCUCGCGGGAACGCGCCCUAACCCACCGCCGCCAUGGAUGCCAUCAAGAAAAAGAUGCAGAUGCUGAAACUGGACAAGGAGAAUGCCUUGGACAGAGCCGAGCAAGCCGAAGCGGACAAGAAGGCAGCGGAGGAGAGGAGCAAGCAGCUGGAGGACGAGCUGGUGGCUCUGCAAAAGAAGCUGAAGGGCACUGAGGAUGAGCUGGACAAAUACUCCGAGUCCCUUAAAGAUGCACAGGAAAAGUUGGAACUGGCUGACAAAAAGGCCACAGAUGCUGAGAGUGAAGUAGCUUCCCUGAACAGACGCAUCCAACUGGUUGAGGAAGAGUUGGAUCGGGCUCAGGAGCGCUUGGCUACUGCCCUGCAGAAGCUGGAGGAGGCUGAGAAGGCUGCAGAUGAGAGUGAAAGAGGAAUGAAGGUCAUUGAAAAUAGAGCCCAGAAGGAUGAAGAGAAGAUGGAAAUCCAAGAGAUCCAGCUUAAAGAAGCUAAGCACAUUGCUGAAGAGGCUGACCGCAAGUAUGAAGAGGUGGCUCGUAAGCUCGUGAUCAUUGAGGGUGACCUGGAGCGGGCUGAGGAGCGUGCUGAACUAUCAGAAAGCAAAUGUGCUGAGCUUGAAGAGGAGUUGAAAACUGUGACCAACAACCUGAAGUCGCUGGAGGCUCAGGCUGAGAAGUACUCGCAGAAAGAAGACAAAUAUGAAGAGGAGAUUAAAGUUCUAACUGACAAACUGAAGGAGGCUGAGACCCGUGCUGAAUUUGCUGAGAGGUCAGUAACCAAGCUGGAGAAGAGCAUUGAUGAUCUAGAAGACCAACUCUACCAGCAACUUGAGCAAAACAGUCGCCUAACUAAUGAACUAAAGCUGGCAUUGAAUGAGGAUUAAACUGUAGUGUGACUAUGUCGUUAACUUGUUUUAAAACUGCUUCUUCCAAAAGUUCCUCGAGAAUGAAUCAGUAAACAUAGAAAUGGGCAAGAAACAUAGAAACUGACUUUUCAGGCCGUUGAUUAUGUGGUACAUUAAUGGAUUCAGUUCUAAUUUUGUUUUGGAAAAAUGCACUGUUCCUUCUGAUGAGGCUUUUGUUUAUCUGUAUGCACACCUACGUUAGAGGAGCAGUUUGCUCUUCAUUUGACUGUGCAGUAAUAAUUUCUUUCUACUUCAGUAAACACUCAGAGGACUUAACGAGCAGUAUUAAAAAAUAAGAGCCUUUCUUGUGCAGAGACCCACCUUUUGUUGGUGUCAGAAUUGUCCCUGAGAGCUUUACUAGAAAGUGGGUGAGAAGAAAAAGUGUUCAGGAUUCCUAUUUCAAAAACAACACAAAGUUUACUCACAGCUGUUUUGCUAUCUGGACACUUCAGUGCAUUAAUUUUGGAUUACUGUGGAUUGGGCAAAAACAAAAGCCAUUGACCAAAAGAAAAAACAAACAAACAAAACAAAAAGCCACCAAAAAAAACAUGCUAGGAAUGGGAGCUCCACCUGAAAAUACCUGAUCAGUUGUUUAAAGGUAUGCUUGCAUUAGUGUGAAGUCACUGUUACUGGAUUCUGGUAGGAUGCAGUUCUAUAGCAUUGUGCUUAUUUAUUGUAUCAUGUAAGUGUGUUGAACGAUAGUCCUAUAAAAAUGUGCAUGCAACAUAAAGCUACUAACUUCUUUUAUUUUUUUAAGCUGUAGAAGAAAUACAUUUACUAAAAAUCACUUGACUCGAGGAAGAUUGGUUUUAAUUUCUUAAUUUCUUGUUUGUUCUUUUGAAGUUCUGAAUUACAUUGAAUUUAAAGUAUGGAUCUCCUGAGAACCUAAUUAAUUUCUUCUUGCCCUACUUAAAAACAAAGCAAAAACCUAAAAACAAACAAAACCCCACCUGCAUUCCUUGUCCUGCAUUCUUGCAUCAAAGAGCUUCCAGAACAUACAAGAAUCUCAUCUGCUUGCAGUGCAUUUUCUUAACAGAUGCACCUGCAAACAGUUCUGAAGUUGUAUUGCUUGCUGUUUGUUUUCUUAAUUUGAAAUUCCUCCUAGAUGUAUUCUCUGAGGGUAUCAGUAUUUAUGAUCAUGCAUAUUUCUCACCUUCUGAGCCUUUAAUUAGAAAUGAUCACUGCAUGCCUUCAUGUUCUGAGAAUCAGUGCCUCUGAAGAACUGCUAUUCAUGUUCUGAUUUUCUGAUCCCACAACAGAGAAAGUGGCGCAUGCCAAAGAAGAAAACCUUAAUAUGCAUCAGAUGCUGGAUCAAACUUUACUGGAGUUAAACAACAUGUGAAAACCUUCUUAGCAGCAACCACAUUGUUAUUAUUUUUACACCUGCUUGCCGUGAAGCCCCAUAAACAUGUCUUUAUUUUAGUUUCACCACAGUCACAAGAACAUCAGCUAAAUUAUCAGGCAGGGGUCAGGGAAACACCAAAAAGGGCAAGCUGUAUGCGGGUUAAGCUAUUUCAUUAUGGUUUAAAUGUGCCAUUUCCCAACCAAAUGUUACCUACACUUUGUAGAGAGUUCAGCAAUUGGAAUGCUUAGUCUUCAGAAGAAUCCUGGCUGUGUCAGAUCGUGUCCCACCUCAAGUGCCAACCUCAAUUUUUAACAAGAAUGAUACAUCUUCAAAAAAGAUCCAGUGUAAAGGGUGCUAUUUGGAUCAAAAAGCUCUACUGGGGCUUUUAUUUGAUACCUGACAAGUCAGGGCUUGCUGAGCACAGUAAUUUAUUUUUAUCAGCAUUUUACUGAUCUGUGAGGAUUUGGACUUCGUGCCUUCUAUUUCAGUGGAACGAAGGAUAUGUAGUCAACACAGUAAAACAAAGGCUUAUGAAGGUUUUAAACUGUAAACUUGCAACUUGCUACAUAAGUGUAGGUCAACAUUUCAGCUUGAGUAUUCCUUCAAUUGUAUUUUUCAUGUUCAAAUGAAAGAUUCAAUAAAUUCAGGAGAAAACACAAAUUUGGAAGAGAUUGUUUAAAAUGUAUUUUAUCUGUGUGGAGCUUGGGGAGGGGGUGGAACUUACAAAUCGAUAUUCGCCUCACUUUGUUUUUCACACUUUCUUUUGAGCAGUUUUAAACGUAUACCUGUAUGUAAACAUUGUAUAAUGAUAUGGAAUAAAAUGCACAUUUUAGGACAUUUUUUAAA